UCUCUUCUGGUCAGCUGCCGACGCCAUGCCUAUCCAAUGUGACAUUUGCCGAAAACAUGUUGCAACGCGGGGUCAACUUGCCAACCACAUGAAAGUACACGCGGUAGACAAAGACAAACAUCUUUUCGACUGUAGUGUGUGCAGCAAGACAUUUCCCACCAGUGCUCGGCUUACCAAACAUCUGCGAGCGCACACAGGCGAGAAACCAUUUGAGUGUACUUGUGCUGUGUGCAACAAGAAUUUUUCUGAAAGUGGCAGUCUACGCACACAUCUUCGAACGCACACUGGAGAGAAGCCCUUUGAGUGUACUGUAUGCAACAAGAAUUUUCGUCAACUUAGCAAUCUGCGCAGACAUCUUCGAACGCACACUGGAGGGAAGCCCUUUGAGUGUACUGUAUGCAACAAGAAUUUUUCUGAAAGUGGCAGUCUACGCACGCACACUGGAGAGAAGCCCUUUGAGUGUAGUGUAUGCAACAAGAAUUUUUCUCAACAUAGCAAUCUGAGCAGACAUCUUCGAACGCACACUGGAGAGAAGCCCUUUGAGUGCACUGUGUGCAACAAGAAAUUUUCAGAGAGUGGCAAUCUGCGUGAACAUCUCCGAACGCACACUACUGGGAAGGAGCCCGUUGACUGAGACUUAAAUGUAUGCUUCAAGACAUUUUUGGCGCUCAGGAAGAGAGCCUUUAGUGUACUGCACAACAAGACCAACUAUAUAA